AUGGUGACUUCGUUCAGACAUUUACGAGAUGAGAAAAGCUUUACGGACGUGACACUGGCAUGUGAAGGUCAAACAUGCAAGGCCCACAAAAUGGUUCUGUCAGCGUGUAGCCCCUAUUUUAAAAGUUUAUUAGAGGAGAACCCAUCUAAACAUCCUAUAAUUAUACUGAAGGACGUAUCCUAUCUCCAUUUGCAAGCCAUCCUUGAGUUUAUGUAUGCCGGUGAAGUCAAUGUAUCUCAGGAACAGCUGCCCGCUUUCCUCAAAACUGCAGCGAGACUUAAGGUGAAAGGCCUAGCCGAGCCUCCCCCGCAGAUGCCCAGCAUCAAACGAGAAGGCUAG